UCGUUCACCUGAUCAAUCAUCAUUCUAAAUUGUCUUUAUUCUAUUACACAUAUUUGAAGUCUCUUCUUCUCUUGGUUUUUUAGAAAUUCGUAUUUGGUGUGUUCUCUUCAAGUGAAUCUUGUUCUUUUCUCUAUCCAAAUUACAUCAUCAUCAUCGUUUUUUUUUUUCGGUUUUUCUCUUUUUCUCUUUUUCUCUUUCUCUCUCUCUCUCUCUCUCUCUCUCUCUCUCUCUCUCUCUCUUCUUUGUUCUAAAAAGUGUGAGCCAUUUUUUUCUUAAGUGAAAAUGAACUCUGCUAAAGUAGAAAAGUUGGAAGACUUGAAAGCUGUCCUAAAAUCAAUCAUCAUACCUUACAAGGAUGGUGCUGGAAUUCAUCAAAUCCAAAGGGAUUAUCAUGAACUUGAAGGUCGUUCUUUGCCAUACAAUGAGUUCGGUUAUAGCAGCCCAAGGGAAUUUUUGGCUUCCAUGUCUGAUAUUCUUAUGUCGGGAUCAAAUAGACUCGGUGAAACUGUUUACAUGGCCAAAUUCGGGAAAGAGACACUUCAUAUUCAAUCGAUGGUUAUGGGACAGAAAACUGUGACCAAGAAGAGGAGAAAAAGGCCCAUUCAUUCAGGUUAUUCUGCCUAUUCUAAUCUUACUGCUGGAAGAUACAACAACUUUAGACCAACUGCUACAUGGGGCUCAGGUUGGGGUGUUAGUAAGCCCAUCAAUAGGUCACAUUAUGGAGGACCUUCAGUUUCCAGAAAUCGUUCAAUUGUUCCAGCCGGUUUUGGUGAUCCCAGACCGUCAUCAAGUUUUGUUUAUAAUAAUUCUUCAAAUUAUAAACCACCUACACAACCUGUUACCAACAAAUUACCAACCCAAUAUAAUCCUUCAACUAAGUCAAAAUUGCCAUUACAGACAAUUAAUGUGAAUAAUCAACAGAAAGUUGGACUAACAAGUGACCGACCUCUACCAGGACCUAGUAACAAAUCCAGAGCAUCUCCCGCUUUCCUAUCAGCUAAUGAUAUAAAAAACAUUAAAGAUUUAUUGAGAAAUCAUGGGACUAACGGUAUCAGCCAUGGAUUAUUUCAGAUGCUCUACCAGAAAAAACAUGGAAUACCUUUGGACGUUAAAUCUCGAGGCUUUGUUGACCUUUGUCAAGCUUUUCAAAGCAUAUCACAUAUUUGCAAGAAUGAAUUACACCCUUCUAAUAAGUAUUAUCUGGUAAAAUUGGUAGAUGAACCUGUCGUCGUACCAAAGGUGGAACAACAUAUCAAUGGAACAUCUAAAUCACCAAAAGGUUCACCGAAACGAUCUCCAAGAAAUUCACCAAAGAAAACGCCUGUGGGGGCUUCUCAAAGUAAUGGCCGAUUAGAUCCUGUCGCGAAUGAGAGUAAACCCCACAGAAAAGUAGUUAGCUCGAGUGAUAAUCCCUUUGAAAUGCGAAUUGAAGUACAAAAUGGUGUUGAUGAUAGUGAAGCGCUUGAAAAUUUUCCCAACACCGCAAUUUCAUAUUUUAAGAGUAUUUUAGAGAAAUACCCUUACGGUAUUUCUGCUGCAAAUUUCUUAGCAGAAUAUGAAAUACUUUGUGGAGCACCUUUGGAGCCCAACAUUUGGGGUUAUUACUCUCCCAUGGAAAUUUUUUAUGGUCUCCCUUCAUUGUUUUUUGUUGAUCCAGCAGAUGCGAGAAGUGGACAGGAUAAUGACCAAGAUGCUAUAAUUUACGACGCCAAAGCAGUUCCUCCUGAAGUUCACGCAAGAGUAACUGAAUAUCAUGUUAAAAAUUCUGAGCCUUUACCGACUGAUACACAAGUACGAUGGUCUUUCAAAUUAAAAAUAAUGGCACUACUGAUGAAAGCUACUGAAGGAAUAUCAGUUGAUAACUUUUCUACUGAUUAUUACUUAAAUUUCAAAGAGAGUCUUGACCCUUGUCUCUACAACUUCAAAGAUUAUCAAGAUAUGUUUGAAAAUCUAUCUAAAGAACUGCCCAUUGAAAUGUCCAAAAAUUACGCUGGCGAUGAUUUGACAGUUUCAUUAACUCCUGAUUGGCAAACCCAAUGGAUCGAAAUCUGUGUAUCCAAUAAUCAGUAUGAUGCAUUAAAGCAAAUGGUUCCUAUUGAUGAUGUUGUACUUCCUGGAGAUAUAAUUAAUGACGUUAACGUUGAUGAAGCUACAGUUGAUACAGAAGUUUGGCAUCCCAUUAUUCUUACAUCUGUUGUCAAUCCAAAUUGUAUUUUCGUCAACUUACUUGGUAAAUACUAUUCAGAAGCUCUCGAUUGUAUAAUGAAUAAACUUGGAGUUUAUGAAUCUUCAUAUUGUGUUGGCUAUGAAGUGCCUUCAUAUUGUCUACGAGAAAAUUUCUUCUGCGUAGCCCCAUUCGAUGUCGAUAACUGUUGGCAUCGUGUAAAAAUCGUUAAAGUUGAACCUGAUCGCAAGAAAGUGAAAGUAGCUUUCAUCGAUUAUGGCGGAGAACAAUUGAUCGAAGCCAAGAAAUUAAGGCUCAUGAAAAAAGAAUUCGGUCAUCUUCCAGCCCAAGCCAUUCGUCUUUCACUCAGAGGAAUUCGUCCAAAAACUGAUAGGUGGCCUUCUAACGCUAAAAAUGAAGUGCUCGCCUUCAUGAACAGAGCAAUGAACCAGAAUGAGAACAUUCUUUGUCGCCUUCACACUCGUCAAUCGCCAAAUCUCAAAGAGACAGUUAGAUUCGAAGCCGAAAUUUGUGCCAAAAUUCCCAUUGGAUAUAUUUUCCUACACAAACAAUUAAUCGAAAGUGGACUUGCGGUAAUCGAUGACAUUUCAACCAUUCGAAAUAAAAACGAAGUCACGAUUCCAAACAAUGAUGUCCACCGACCUGUUCGAAGACAAACAAGAAUCGCAGCGAAGAAGAUGAUUGCCACUCUCAAGAAUCUUCAAACUCAAAACGGAAAAGUCCAAUCAAAUGAGCUCUCAUGUGAUACUCAAAGUGAACACUCAAGCCAAAUGAAUGGUGAUACUCCACAUACCAAUGGAUCUGUUGAUCAUUCCAAUAAUUCCGAGGCCAGUAAUCUCGAAGACAAAUUAAACAAACUAAAUCUCUAAAGACUUGAGCAAUAUUAAUCAAAACAAUUAUUCCCAAUAUAUUUCAAGACUUUAUAUGUAAUUCAUUUACUAUCGUUUUUUGUUUCCCACCUUAAAAAUAUUAAUUUUCUUGUUUAACAAUAUUUACAUUAUAUUCAAUAAUUUGGACAAUUUUCUAAUUUGACACAAGACAAUUGUUUAUCCCUUCGACAAUUAAUAUAUUCCCUAGUCCUCAAUGCUAAUUAAUAAAUUAUCUAAAUCUCGAUCUAGUGGAAAAUAGCAAAACAAACAAUAACAAAUUAACCACCGAAGUGAUUAAAAGAGUUAAAUUGUUAAACUCAAAUGAUUCACUAAUCUUGUGUAAUAAGAAGGAGAUUUGAUGACUCAUAAUAUCCUAAUUGUGAUCGAAAUAAACUUUUCAUUUUGUUUGAACUUAA